AAAAGCUUAAAGCGAAACGUUGUGGCCGCGUCGGUAUAAAAUGAAAACGUGUCAAAACGUUACGCCUCGUUUUUUCAUUUAAAUUGUUUUUAUUUUUUAGUUUUCUUCUAUUCGUUUGUGAAGAAAAAAAGUACGAGAAAUUUAGUUCAAGUGCCAAACAAAUAAUAAAAAAAAGUGAAAGAAAAUCAUUCAUACACACUAGGAAAAAAAUACGAAAAAAAAUAAAAUAAAUGUCUUGCUCUCCAAUAAAAAUAAAAUAAAAGAAGUGUGAAUAGAAAAUAACAGAAAAAAUAAAGAAAUUUAUUUAACAGAAAUUACACUGAAAGAAAGAAAACUUCUUUUCAAAAUUUGGGAAAAAACUGUUGUAUCAGUAAAGAACAAUAGACAAACACUGAAGCAAAAACAGUUACGUAAAAAAAGAGAGAAAACCACAACCCUGCAGCUUAAACUAUUAAAAUCAGCAAGAGUAAGAGCAAGAAAUUAAUUAUCAAACAUAAAAGAUUGCCAAAGAACAUAGAAAGAGAUAACAAGUAACCAAGCAGCAUUAGAGUAAAACAUAGAGCAAAAAAAUAAAAAAAAAAACUGUUACAAAGGAGAGUAAAUAGUAAUAGGAAAAUUAAACUUAUCACACAAACAUAAACACCAAAUUGAUAAUUUCAUGCAACCAAUUGUAGCAAAAGUGCGAACUCAUUGUGGCAGCAUCAAUUAAGUCUUACGUAAACAUAACGAAAGCGCUAGGGAGCAAGAGAGCGCGGCGAACAAAAUUUCUUAAGUAUUACGUGCAAAAAUUUUCCUUCAUUAUUAUCAGCAGCAAAAAAAAAAUAGAAAAAUUCCAGACAUUUCUAAGCUGUAGCAUAAGCGGUGUUGCAAUAGUAGGAGCUAUUCUACUUGAGGGUGGUAAUGUGUUUUUUGAUAUAAAUGGCCUGGACACCAGUUGCAAUUGACAGCCAACAAUUAAGUAAAGAGAAUAAUACAAAAUAUAGCAAGAAAACAAAAAGAAAAAAUAAGGAAAUUUUUUCUCAUCAGCCUUAAGUAAUAAUCAUCACUAUCAACAACUCAAACUAAAAACUCAGUUUAUCUUCAUCAUCCUUGCCACUGACUGACGUCUGCUUCUAACGUACUUCAUAAAUUGCACAAACAAACAAACAAAAAAACGACAAAUAAAAAAGAAACAAAAGAAGCUGCACAAGACCAAAACAAAAAAAGGCUGCUGCAUCAUUUUAUAAAUGUGAAUGAACGCCGUAAGCCGUUUGUAAUUGCGGAAGCCUUUUGGCAUUUAAUGGUCUGCUGCUGUCGGUGGCUGAACUCAAAAGCGAUUUAUUUUGUUUGUUGCCUAUUCGCAGUACAUCUGUGUUGGUGUUGUGGUCAUCGAUUACAGACUGCCCUUGGUGUAUGGCUAAAAGGCAUAUUUUUCGAGCGUGUAUAUAGGCUGUUCUGCACCACUUGACUACACUCUGCGCCACUCCACUUCAUAAUAUUACACUCUUAUAUCUUGUAAAGCACUUGUGGUGAUUACUUACAGUAACAGUUUGCAUAAAAAGCCUCGAAGAGAAAAACGCCUGGCUGACCAACAAACUGACUUACUGACUGACUGAGUAAGUGGUUUGAUUGUCUUAAAAGUGAGUGAAGUGCAACCCAUUGCCUUUCCAAAAAAAGACGAGGAAGGAUCCGUUGUGAGUGUUGGGCCGUGUUUGUGUUUGUAUCUGUGCAACAAUACUGUCGCAGUUUAUGUAUAUGUGUGGGUACUCUUUACCAUCGGUGUGUGUUACAUUUUUGACCAGCGUCGAAGUGGCGGGGAAGAACGCAGCAGCAGCACUUAUACGCUGGAGUAGUCUCACAAAUAAUGAAGCUCAGCAGUAGCACGUUGUGUGGCUGCUGUUUUUGUUGCUACUGCCACUGUUGGUUAAUGAUGCUGUUAAUGGUCUCAAGCGUUGUUCACGUGUCACCUGAGAUGUCAUCAACAACAACUACAACUAAAAAAUAUACAAAAUUAUAUAAUAACAACUACGCUUAUCAAAGUGAAAUGACUGAAUUUAUACAGUUGAAUAGAAAAAUACCAAAUAGAACAAGUAGAACAGUAGCAGAAACAUCAACAACAACAACAACAACAAUAUCACCAACAUCAUCACUGUUGCUAUCAACAACACCUUCACCACUAACAGCAACAAUAACAAGCACUACAGAUAAUCAUUAUAAACAAAAUAAUGUGAAUAGUUAUCCAAUAUUUGAACAUGAAGCGAUAACCACAAUUGCCACAAUACAAACACAAUCAACAACAACAACAACAAGCACUGUAGUUGCAACACAAUCAGCAACUGCAGCAGCUAUAAAAACAACUCCUGCACCUGAACAAAUACAAAAUCCAGUUGAUGCAACAACAGCACAAACAAUAGACAACAGAGUAAAAAGACAAGCAGAUAUUUUUUACAUAUUCGAUAACAGUAUAGAAGACGAAGAUAAAGAGUUUGAGGCAACCAGCAAUAUUAAGACGACGUCAACUAAUUAUGUUGCUGAUAAAAGUAAGGUUUUUGUGCCACCAACAAUAUUAAGAAUACAGACAACAACAGAACCUUUUGUUGAAACAUUAACAAUGGCAAAUACAAGACAGCAAGUAAAUGAUUAUAGAAAAAACCACAAUAGCGAUAACAAAAGAAAAAAUAAUUUAAAAAAUACAAAGUAUUGGAAUGCCAGUAUUGAUUUGAACCGAAAUUUAAGACAGCAGCAACACAAUGGCUCUAGUCGUAAUAGCAAUUUGAACAAUAGUGAAAGUAGUAAUGAUUUCACAAAUACCACCAAAAAUACCAGCAGCAAGUAUAGACAAAAGACAACAAAUACAUUUAGCCUUAAUCAUAGCAGCAGAUAUGGAACAGUAAACAACAGCAGGAGCAUAAAUAUAACAAGACAUCAACAGCAACAGCAGCAACAACAAAAUCAUCUUAGUAUAAGUAUAGCAAAUGGCACAAAAACAAGAGCAACAACAGCAUUAGAUGCAGCACAAAUAGCAACAGCAAUUAAUUCCUUGCCAUCUAGUGGCACUAUUGAUUUUAGCCAAAGUAGCACUUUCAACUUUAAAAACCACAACAGCAACUACUACAACAACAAUGUUAAUAAAAACAUCAACAACAACAACUUAGUUACAAGUACUGAUAGUGUUAGUAAUUUAAGCCCAAAGGAAAUCAACCAAUAUUCUGAUGACUUCUAUCAUCAUCAUCUGCAAAUAUCCACAUCAACUUCAGUCACAACUGCCCUAAGAACACCAGCAACAUAUUCACCUUUACAUGAACAUUAUCACAGCAAUCAAUUGAAGAGACCAGCAUUCUUACAUCGUCAUGCCCGGCAAGCAGCACCGGAAGAUGAACAAAAUGACAAAUGUCGUAUGUUCAUUGAGGGUGAUCCCGAAAAGAAUGAACUCUAUAGUCCUGACUAUCCCAAUGAUUAUCCGAAAAAUAUCAAUUGUACUCGAGUUAUAACAGCACCAAAGGGACAAAUUAUACGUUUGGAUUUUCGCAAUUCAUUUAAUAUAGAGGAAAAAGAUGAGUGUAAAUUUGACUUUUUAGAGAUACGUGAUGGACAAUAUGGUUUUUCGAAUUUAAUCGGAAAAUAUUGUGGUACUGAUUUCCCACCUGAAAUAACAUCAAAGGAACGCUAUCUUUGGUUACAUUUUCACUCAGACGAAAGUAUUGAAUAUUCUGGCUUCACAGCGGUCUAUGAAUUUAUUGAUCGAAAUCGUGAUGCACCCAGUACUGAUUUAAAUUGCACAAUUGAAAGAGAUGGCUUUGAGGGUUAUGUUAAUGCUACGGAUGUGCCAACAGAGAUAAAAGAUACAGUUAUUCGUAAUAAAAUACCUUUGGAUUGCAUGUGGCGUAUACAGGUGCAGGAGAAAUGGAAGAUACAAGUAAAAUUUGUAGACUUUAAAUUAGCAAAACCUAAUGACUGUGAAACGAAUUUUUUGGAUAUUUUUCCAGAACAAACCGUAAUGCCUUUAAGAGUUAAAAACUUUUGUGGCUCUGCUGGUGAAGGCAUCACAUCAGAUUCAAAUAUAUUGCAUGUGCGGUUUUAUGCCGAGCAAAGUGCCAUCAAUUCAACAUUUUCCAUUUUAUACACCGCCUUUAGAGAACGUGGAAGUUCGAGUUGCACCGAGGAUGAAUACGAUUGUGAAGAUGCCACAUGCAUUGCUGGAAAUCUGAAGUGUAAUGGUCGUAGUAAUUGUAAAUUUCUAUGGGAUGAAGAGGACUGUGAUGUUGGUGAGAAUGGUCAAUCAGAACAUAUGACUAUUAUUAUUACAGUAUUUGGUUUAAUAUUGGGUGGCAUGGUCAUAACAUUCCUGGUGAAUUGUGUGCGCAAAAUAAUGCAUGACCAGAAAAUAAUACGGGAACACAUACGCCAGUCUAAAGAAUCUAAAUUAGAUGAAAUGGGUCGUAAUUCAAAAGCACGUUCUCGUGACAACAUAUCGAUUGUAUCACCUAGACAAAAACAUUCACAAACAUCAUUACAAAUACUCGAUGAUGUUUCGAGUCGUUAUUAUCGUGAAAUGGAACUGCAAACAAAGAGUAAUUUUAAGGAAAAGGAUCCAAGUAUUUUGCGACAUGACAUGAUUGUACAGACAAGCUUAUGCAGUACGGAUGAUUCGUCAACAACGAUAACGGAACAACAGCAGCAGCAGCCAACACCGCCAGCUGGUGUUGGCAGUAGUGCCUGUGAUAUGGGCUGUCAGACAAGAGAAUCUCUAUUUGCUACAGCUUCAUUAAUGCGUCAAAAAUCUAAAACACCCUCUAUAGCUGGCAGUCAGCGAACUAUAGAGGGUGUACCUCCGCCUCCACGUUUUUCGACCUUUGGAUAUGAUGCUGCACAAAUAGCACCACCGCCACCACCCACCGUAUCGACAUUGUCAAGGCGUAAUAUGCACCUGCCACAAGAGUCUCUAGAAAUGGAACAAUUACCACAGCAAACAACGCACACAAUGAUGAUGAUGCCAACACCACAUCAACAACAACAUCAACAGCAACAUCAGCAUUUACAUCAUAGACCCUCACAGGAAAUCUGUCAUCAUCACCAGCAUCAGCAACAUUUACAACAGCAACAACAAAAGCAAACACUGCCACGUCAUCAUCAACAACAACAACCACAGCAUCAUCAACACAUGCAACAGCAACAACAGCAUCACCAUCACACUAGUUCAACAACAAUACCACCCAAUGUCACACAAAUACCAGCUCCCGGCACAGCCAUUGUAACAGCCGUAUCCACUGGCUCCAGUGGCCGACAAAGGGAACAGGCCAACGCCGGUGGUGGCAAAGGCAAACAAACUAAAGUUGAUGAGUCAAAAGUGUUUAUUGACAUUAGAAACUCAGCACCCGAUGUUAUAAUCAUGACAUCCCAUUGACAAUUAAGGAAAUUAAAACUAAAAAUUCAAAUGUAUAAAAUUUCUUAUCAGCCCAUUAUUUUGUUGUGUAUUAUUAUCAUCCAUCCCAUACCAUCGCCUUACUCAUCGUCAACAUUACUCAUUGAUUUUAUCUUUAUUGUUUGUUAUUUGCAUUAAAUGCAGCCAGUGUAAGUUUGUUUUUAGUUUUAAAAAAUGUCUAGACGUUUUCCUCAUCUAAUUUAAUUACAUUAAUACAUAGUUGAUAUUAAAUAUUCAGAAAAGGAAAUACAUUUUGUCAUAAUUAAAUUGAAACUUUAAAUUAAAUUUUCUGUUUUGUUUUUUCCUUUUAAUUCUUUUUAUUUUAAUUUAUAUGUAUGUGUAUGUUUGUACUAUGACUAUGACCACUUUUUCUUAAACAAAUAUUUAUAAAAUUGGGGUUACAAUGCUGACUAUAUGAUGCUGACACAGCACCAUAUAGUAGAUAAUCAGAAAUGGGGUAUUUUAUAUGACAUGACUUGCUUAAGGCUGGAGGGAAUAAAUGACUGACUGACUGACUAGAUGACUUGGUCAACAUUGUAAAUGUCUAACUAAACUUAUUAAGGCUGAUAGUUCACAAUUUUGCUGAAAUACAUAUAAAAGAGAGGUCGUCGCCGACUAUACAGUGGCCUAUAGCGAGUUGAAUAA